AUGCCUCACAGUUUAGGACCGAUGAAGCAACAGCAAGGAUGUUUUCAUCAUGAUAUAUAUCGCAAGACCAAUAAUGUCUUUAUCCAAGCGUUGCAAAGAGUAUUUAUCAUCUGCUUCUUCCUAAUGGGUUCAUUCAGUAUUGUGAUCUUCCAGGUCUGUUUGCAGCUAAUUCUUCCCUGGAGCAAGAUUAGAUUACAUAAUGGCAUGAACCAGAGCAAGAAAGCUUUCAUUGUUUUAUUGUGCUUGAUUUUGAACAUGGUUGCUCCCUCCUCUUUAAAUGUGACUUUCGAGGCAUCGAAAUCAUCGAAGAGUUCGUCGGGCACUAAUUCCAGCUUCAAAUUUAAAGACAGGGCUGUAAUAAUGGCUAAUCAUCAAAUGUAUGCGGAUUGGAUCUACCUCUGGUGGCUUUCAUCCAUCUCAAAUUUGGGUGGUAACGUUUUUAUCAUUUUGAAAAAGGCCUUAAAAUAUGUCCCGUUACUGGGAUUUGGCAUGCAAAACUUUAAAUUUAUAUUUUUGAGUAGGAACUGGCGAAAAGAUGAGACAACCUUGACUAAUAACUUGGUUUCUAUGGACCUAAACGCGAGAUGCAAGGGGCCUCUUACGAAUUAUAAGACAUGUUAUUCCAAGACAAAUGAAUCUGUUGCCGCUUAUAAUCUAAUUAUGUUCCCUGAGGGUACAAAUCUCAGCCCCAAGACCAAAAAAAAAAGCGAGGCAUACUGUCAAAGAGCAGGUUUACAGGACGUCCAACUAAGACACCUCUUAUUACCGCAUUCUAAAGGCUUGAAAUUUGCACUCGAAAAAUUGGCCCUUAGUUUAGAUGCCGUUUACGAUGUUACCAUUGGAUAUUCUCCAGCCUUGAGAACAGAAUAUGUCGGCACCAAAUUCACUUUAAAGAAGAUUUUUUUAAUGGGUGUAUAUCCUGAAAGAAUAGAUUUUCAUAUAAGGGAAUUUAAGGUUGACGAAAUUCCCCUACAAGAUGACGAGGUUUUCUUUAAUUGGUUGCUGGGCGUGUGGAAGGAGAAAGAUCAACUACUAGAAAAUUACUACAACACAGGCCAGUUUAGAAGUGAUGACGAAAAUAGGAACCGGUCGGUCGUGAUUACCAAGCAAACAGACGGAUUCCAACAUGAUGCAUCAGCCCCACGCAUUCUUUCAUAUUACGGAAUCCUUGCCUUUCUUGUUCUUCUAUUUACGAUGAAGAAAAUCUCCGAGUUCACAUUGCCCUAA